GUGACCAGCUGUGAUGCGAUGCCCUCGGUGCCAGUGCCCAGCAGUAAUGCUCUAGGUCCCAGUGUCCAGCUUUGAUGCGAUGACCUCGGUGCCAGUGCCCAGCAGUAAUGCUCUAGGUCCCAGUGUCCAGCUUUGAUGCGAUGACCUCGGUGCCAGUGCCCAGCAGUAAUGCUCUAGGUGCCAGUGUCCAGUUUUGAUGAAACGCCUUCAGUGCCAGUACCCGGCCGAUCUGUGAUGCCCUCAAAUGCCAAUGCCAACUCGGUGCCAGUGACCACAGCUGUGAUGCCCUCGGUGCCAGUGUCCAGCUCUGAUGUUAUGCCCCCAGUGCCAGUGCCCAGCUCGGUGCCCGUGCCCGGCUGAGCUGUCAGAGCCCGGAUACCGCUUAGAACCCUCUGACAGUAAACGACCUGUGUUGGUGCUGCAGAAUGACCCCUUGUAUCAGCAGAGGCGAUCCUACACCAGUGAGGAUGAAGCGUGGAAGUCUUUUUUGGAAAACCCCCUAACAGCAGCUACUAAAGCCAUGAUGAGCAUUAAUGGAGAUGAAGAUAGUGCGGCAGCGCUUGGCCUUCUCUAUGAUUACUACAAGGUCCCCAGGGACAGGAGACAGUCUUCCAACAAACAAGACCACGAUCACACAGAAUCAGAACACAAUAAAAGGAACGGCCUUUCACAAGUAAAUGAACAGUCCUUGAUUUGCAAUGGUGAAAACAGAGUGCAAGUCUUGAAAACCAGUGUGCCGUUAAAUAUUUUACUUCCCCUGGGAAUGAUGGGCAACCACAUUGACAAAAGAGGUCACCUGACCACCCCAGACACCACUGCCACAACAAUCACAUCGAUGCCAGCUCAUGCGAUCAAAACAGAGUCCCAGAGCCACGGCUUCACCGUGGGCAUCCAACCAAAUGUGUAUCAUUCUGAGGCCGUGGAACGCAUCGUGUGCUUUGACAGGAAUGUUGCCUCUGACCACUUCAACUCCAACAGCCAGCCACCGAGCACUCAGAGGAGGACCCCUGACUCAACGUUCUCUGAGACCUUCAAAGAAGAUGUUCAGGAGGUUUUCUUUGCACCUGACCUAAAUUUACGGAUGAACAGUGUAAGCUCUGAAGAAUAUGUUUUUGAUCCUGUUACCGGGAAUAAUUUUGAAUACACAUUAGAAGCCUCUAAAUCCCUCAGACCAAAACCUGGAGACAGUACGAUGACUUACCUAAACAAGGGUCAGUUUUAUCCAAUCACAUUGAAGGAUAUUGGAAAUAACAAAGGGAUACAUCAUCCAAUCAGCAAAGUCCGGAGUGUCAUUAUGGUGGUGUUUGCCGAUGAUAAGAGCCGGGAAGACCAGCUACGCCAUUGGAAAUAUUGGCAUUCUAGACAGCAUACUGCUAAGCAGAGGUGCAUUGAUAUAGCUGACUACAAAGAGAGUUUCAAUACCAUCAGCAACAUUGAAGAGAUUGCUUAUAAUGCAAUUUCCUUCACCUGGGACCUGAAUGAUGAAGGCAAGGUCUUCAUAUCAGUGAACUGUCUGAGCACCGAUUUCUCCUCUCAGAAAGGGGUGAAGGGUCUUCCGCUGAACAUUCAGAUUGAUACAUACAGCUACAACAAUAGGAGCAACAAGCCCGUGCAUAGGGCCUAUUGCCAGAUCAAAGUCUUCUGUGAUAAGGGCGCAGAACGUAAAAUAAGAGAUGAAGAACGUAAACAGAGCAAGCGAAAAGGCAAGUGUACUGAGCCCAGCCCCCAGAUCAAUACUUUCAUAGACGUGAAAGGGGCUCUGCUUCCAUCCCACAAGAGGACAGAUGUCACAGUGUUCAAACCAAUGCAGGACAUGGACACACAGCCCGUCCUGUUCAUUCCAGAUGUACACUUCGCAAAUCUCCAGCGCACCACUCAUGUUCUCCCCCUGGUGUCAGAGGAGAUAGAUGGUGAAAGCUCUGGGAUGAAGAGAUUAUCAUUCACUCCUGAAGAAGACUUUACAUCACCUCCUGCGAAGAUGGUGAGAGUAGAUGAUCUAAAGAGAGUGCUGCUGUACGUCAGGAGGGAGACAGAAGAAGUCUUUGAUGCGCUCAUGCUCAAGGCUCCAUCACUGAAAGGCCUGAUGGAAGCUAUCUCGGAAAAAUAUGACGUUCCUUUUGAAAAAAUUGGAAAAAUCUUUAAGAAAUGCAAAAAGGGAAUCCUGGUUAACAUGGAUGAUAACAUAAUUCGCCAUUAUUCGAAUGAAGACACUUUUCAGCUUCAGAUUGAAGAGUCGGGAGGAUCAUACAAGCUGACGCUUACAGAAAUCUAGCCCCCAGUCCUGGUAGACUGCGUGUGAAGGCUGAACAUUCACCCCUUGCCUUGCAAGUAGACGGGUCAGUUACCAUGGAGAAACGUUACUUUGUUAGUACAAGCCUGCCCCUCAGAAUGGGUGUCCUUCCUUUCUUUAUGCCUUGGAUUCCCAUUUCUUAUGGCUGCUGGGAUUACGGUGACCCGCACGGAACCGGUGCUGUUUCAGAACACAGAAUGAUGCAUGCUCUUUGCUUAACAUGUACUGAAAUGCAUUGCACGGGAAACGGAGCAAAAUACAAGUUUAAUAUUUAACACUAUGGGAAAAAAAGAAAAAUCACCUUUUUGUUGGGAAAUCUUGAUCGGUAAUGGUACGAGAUGAAGCGAGAUGAAGCGGUCAAAAUGCUCUGCAAAGUCUACAAACCACUGGAAAGCUCGCGAGCAGAGAGGCUUCAAUUUUGUCAAAAAACGUAAAAAAAACUGCUGAGUAUGUGAAGAACAAAAGCGGGUUUUGUAUAAACAAAAAUCCAGCACCCAAUGAUGCUGCAUUGUAUAUAAGAAGUGCAAUAUAUUUUUUUGUACCUUUUUCGUGUAAAUGUGUACAUACACAUGAGCUUGCUACAUAUAUAAUAUAUAGAAUUGCAGUAUGUGUGUAUAUCUGCUGAGAAUUCUUGUAAAGUGGGAGGUGCCAAACUAAACAUAAUACAUAAAACAAAUGUCCAACAAUUGUACCACAGGGUAUAAAUAGCAUUUAAAUAUAACUUUUGCUGUUCAGGUUGCUGUGAAGACAUAAACUUCUUUUUCUCUUGUGCAAACUUCAUACAUCAACUUGUCGUAUCCAGCUGCGAUAGAUAACGAAGAGGUCAAUCAGGCAGCAGCGAGCAGCGGCAGACUAGGGACAGAAGUAUAAUGCAGCGAUUUUAUACUUCUGUCCCUUGUCUGCCGCUGCUCCGUCAGAGGAGAGCCGAGGAAUUAUACUUUGUUUUAUUCACUAAACUGAAACCAAGGUACCCAGAUUAAUUUAGAUUAGGACCUUUUUGAAGUAAAACCAAAUAGCCAAUAUAAGCUUACAACUGAAACUAUAAAAAAAAAGUAUAUGCAAUAAAAAAGGAACUAAGGGGUCUAUGUACUAAGCUUUGGAGAGAGAGAGGAAAGUGGACAGAGAUAAAGUACCAACCAGUCUGCUCCUAACUUUCAUUUUUCCAAACCCAUCCUGUAACUUGGCAGUUAGGAAGCUGAUUGGUGGCUACUUUAUCUCCAUUCACUUUAUCACUCUCUCUCUCCAAGGCUUUUAAGGAGAUUUAUCAAAGCAUGGAGAGAAAAGCUGAUUGGUUAGUACUUUAUCUGUCAUUUGUCAAACACAACCUGUAAAUACAGCUGGUUGGUACUUUCUCUUUCCAAGAUUUGAUAAAUCUCCCCCUUAGUUUUUUAAAUGUCCACGUGUAUGGCCUUUGCUGUUUUUCGACACGCUGUUGGUAGUUUUCUUUUACCCACCUUCUACCUGAGCACUUUCUAAGCAGAAAAUCGCUGUAAUAGUCAACUGAGGCAGAAUGUACUAAAGAAAACUCCUUUCCCAGCUACUUAAAAACAGCGUAUUCUGUAUAAGUAUAGUUUAAGUACGCCUGAGAUUAAUACGCUGCAUUAGUUUCCCGUGGGCUAGUAUUACUGUUGCGGUGGAGUAGUUUUUUUUUUUUUUUUUUACAAAUGGCGGCAGUAAGUGCUGUUACGGCAAAAAUAAAUUUAUACUUGUAGUAUAGUGAUUAUGAGACGAAUAAGAAACAGACUUCAUGUUCUAAAUUACAUGUAUUUUGAAGCUGUAAACCACACAGUUUUGUGUUUUUUUUUUUUUUUUUUCUGGGUUUUUUGUUUUUGUUUUAUGUGUUUUAACACAUAGGUCAGUACAAAAUCAAAACACCAUUUGAACCUAAAUGUUACUCGGUCAUUUAAAUCGCUUGUCUCCUUUUUGAAUCGGGGGCCAAUUGUGGAACCAAAUCUCUCAUUACAUUCAGUGUUUGGUGUUUUCAUUACACUACAUGCCCAAGAAGCCUCAGUUAUCCCAACACUCUGCAGAUUACAGUAUCUGUACUAUAUUUGUAAGUGUAUAGAUCCUGGAACCUUUUGUUUCUAUAUAAAUUUUACGUAUUUGGUCCUUUUAAAAAAAAAACACAAAAACAAAUGUAUGUUUUUAUUGUUGCAUUUACAGACUUAUGGAGGAAUGGGUUACUUUUCACCGUCAGGGAUAUAAUAUAAAUAAAAUCACUUGUAAAAAAGAAAAUCUUAUUUGGAAUGAAGUACUGUGGAAGGAUUUGGUUGAUGGUUACUUAAGGGAAACUGGUUUGAGCUGUACUAUAGACUUACAUUCCCGUUCUGUUACAUCUGUUUUUGUAUGCUUUUUAAGUAAGGAAAAUACAUUUUAUAAACGUUUUUUCUCAAA